GUCUCAACACAGCUUCCUCCAACACAUCAGUUUCUGUGAGUGGACAGAAAGACAGACUGGUUGAAGAGGGGAUUUCUGAAGUCUCCCCAGAGGAUAUCAGUUUUCUAUCAGAAAAAACAGAGAUGGAAAAGAUCAGGUCCCUAAUUACUAAGCGCUGGUCGUCUGACGUUCGUCUGGAUGGGAAAACUGCGAUCGUGACGGGAGCUAACACUGGCAUCGGCAAGGAGACCGCCAUGGACCUGGCCAAGAGAGGUGCACGUGUCAUCCUGGCCUGCAGGGACAUGGAGAAUGCGGAGCUAGCGGUCAGUGACAUAGUCAGGGAAAUGGGAGGGGCCAAGGUGGAAGCCAGGAAGCUGGACCUCGCUGACACCAAGUCCAUCUGUGAAUUUGCUGAAAACAUCUACAACACGGAGAAGGUGCUUCACUUCCUGAUCAACAAUGCAGGCGUGGCCAUCUGUCCCUACAGCACCACUGUGGAUGGAUACGAGAUGCAGCUUGGAGUCAACCACCUGGGUCACUUCUUUCUGACUUUCCUCCUAUUGGAUCUGCUGAAGCACUCUGCCCCCUCCCGUGUCAUCACUGUGUCUUCAUCGGCCCACACCAUGGGCAGGAUCCACUUUGAGGACCUGAACAGUGAGAAGGAAUACCACCCUGUCAAGGCCUAUGUCCAGAGCAAACUGGCUAAUAUACUGUUCACUAGAGAGCUGGCCAAGAGGACCGCGGUUCUAGGUGUGACAGCCUAUGCAGUGCACCCGGGGGUAGUGAACACUGAUCUGAUGCGUCACAUAAAGCGCCCCCUACAGGUCAUGCUUAAGAAGUUCAACUACUUCCUCAAGACACCAGCAGAAGGAGCCCAAACCACUCUGUACUGCAUCCUGACCCCUGAUUCUGAACUCACCUCUGGGGGUUACUACAGUGAGUGUGCACAGGCAGUGAGUGCCAGGGCUGGUAGUGAUGAAGGCACCGCUCUCAAACUCUGGGCUGUUAGCUGUCAUCUACUGGGCAUCUGCUGGAGAUGAACAGACAUACAAUAAUACUAUCUUUACACCAAAUUGCUUCUUUCUGUCACGCCAAAUACUGCGAAAAUAUUGCUGUCAUAAGUCCUACUAUGUCAAAUGAUAAAUGUGAUGGUACAAUGUGAAGAGGGAGACAGACAGGUGAUGUAUGAUGGGGCUGAUGGUGAGCAUAGGUGGAAGUGGUACAGACAGGUUCUAGAAUAUUGAGAGACUGUUGCUGUCAGUAAACUAUCUGAGACUGGUCAAGGAAAGCUAUAUGUCAUACAUUCAGUUAAGCUAAAUCAUGUAUUUCUCUUCUGUUUUUACGUCUUUGAUUCCUGAGCUUUCUGGAGAAAAUAAAAUGCUAUCAA